AUGGACAUGAGAAUGAGUUCCCCUUGCCCUUUAUCUCCUGCUUUAUCUGUGUUAACCUUAACUCCUGGAAGAACAAGGGAUAUUGAUCAAGAUAUGGAAGCCUUAAGAUUAUCUAGAAGGGAUAACCCUUUUCUGCAAGUUCUUACCAGCAAGGAAAGUUUGGUUGAGAGUUUAUUUGAGUCUGAAUCAGAUGAUACUAAUUUAAUGUCUCAAGAAAUUUCUAAUGAUUUAGAGGUUGAUCCUUUUUCUCUUCCUGAAAUUCAUGAACAUAUGAUCAGAAGUCCACCACCUACAACAUGGCCCAGAUCGCCUAAUUAUAAAAUGUUUAGAUUUCCCGUUCAAGAAUCGGAAGAAAAUUUACAAGGAAGUAGUAAUCAAUUUGUAAACUACAAAAAAUCAUCGUCAAAAGUCAUGUCCUCGAUUUCCAUGAAAGAACACAUAGAGGAAAUGUCAGGUUUAAAAGUUUGCAAUGCUUUCAAUUGGAAAACACAAUCGGAAAAACAAUCAUCAAAUAUUGGAAAAAGCAUUGAAGACAGCUUAGACAAAACCCUAAGUGAUGACUGUAAAGUUAAUUACAAAGAAGCAGUUUACAGAAUGUCUCUUUAUUUUAAUGCAAAUGUAUUUAUUAUUAGUAAUGUAUUUGUUACUUAA